GACACACACGGGCGGUUUGCUAUCUGUCAUGCUAGCUAGUUGUUUCGGACAUCUUGUUGCUAGCAUUUUGCGGAAGCACUUAUUUUUAUACAAGCUACGGAGGAAGAUAUACGUUACUGACGUAGUCAUCCGUUUUGACUUAUAUAAGGGAGUGAAAGGGUAUCUUAAUGGUGAAGGAUUAGCUAGCUAUUUUCCCAAAUAAUUGGUUGUGUUUUUCAACGCCGCAUAUGCACAGCAGUUACCUAGCUAACGGUUACCUUUAGCCUAGCUAGAUUAGGGUUGACGAGCUAGCUAACAUUGGCUUUGGCUGGCCAGCUAGCUACCCCUACAACGUCAGCUGCACAGCGGGGCGAACUUGGUGAAGAUUUGACAUUGCAACACUCUCGGAGCGAGGAUGGCGCUGAAAAUGAUCCAUAAGGAGCUGAAUGACCUGGCUCGUGACCCUCCGGCACAGUGUUCAGCAGGACCAGUGGGAGAUGACAUGUUUCACUGGCAAGCCACAAUCAUGGGGCCUAAUGACAGUCCAUAUCAGGGGGGCGUUUUCUUCUUGAACAUUCAUUUCCCUACAGACUAUCCUUUCAAACCCCCAAAGCUUGCGUUUACCACAAGAAUUUACCACCCCAAUAUUAACAGUAACGGCAGUAUCUGUCUGGAUAUUCUCAGAUCACAGUGGUCUCCAGCGUUAACUCUUUCAAAAGUUCUUCUCUCCAUCUGCUCCCUGUUAUGUGAUCCCAACCCAGACGACCCUCUAGUGCCAGAGAUCGCACGCAUCUAUAAAACAGAUAGUGACAAAUACAGCAAAAUAGCAAGAGAAUGGACACAGAAAUACGCCAUGUGAUCUGAAGGAGAACGUUGGUGUAGCUGGAUUCAACUUAAAUUGCUGUUUUUCAUUUUUUUUUGAGUUAGGCCCAUUUUGCCCCCAUUUUUACUCACCCCAUUCAUUCAUGUGGUAAUAAGAAGAUAGUGUUUCUAGCUAUGACAGUCAGCGUGUGCCUGUUUUCAUUUAAGUAAAAAUAAAACAUAUAAAAAAUAAA